UGCGCAUGCGUGUUACGAUUUUAGGGCAGUAACAAGGAAGUUCAGUCGCAGAUCGAAGAUACAAUUUUUUGAAGAGCUGCUGUUCACGUUUUGGACUCAAGGUUUGUGAUGGCAGUGGACUGGAUCGGGUUCGGCUAUGCUGCGGCCAUCGCCUUUGGAGGAUUUAUGGGCUACAAGAGAAAAGGCAGUGUGAUGUCCCUGAUGGCUGGUUUAGUGUUUGGUGGGUUCUCUGCUUACGGUGCGUUCAACGUCUCUAACGACUCUAAGGACAUCAAGUUCUCAUUGUUGGCUGCAGGAGUCUUAUCACUCGUGAUGGGGUUGAGAUAUAAGAAAUCUGGCAAAAUAAUGCCUGCUGGCAUCAUGGCAGGGCUAAGUCUGUUGAUGGUGUUUCGGCUGUUACUCCUCUUCAUGGCGUGACUUUAAGAACAACACGGACCAGACGGAAAGCUUUCUGUGCCUCAAUGUGAACAAGCCUCGUUUAAAAGGAAACAUCAUUCCAAGUUUUCAUACCACGACAAGUCUUUUGUUUUUGUGUAGAAACUUAACAAUCAUGUGACCAAAAUCUUUGCAAAUGCCACCAAUGUUUGUUAAACUGACUUUAGAGCAUCUGUCUACUCAUCUUCUUUAAGUUAUAUCACACGAGGGGGAGUGCUGCUGUACUGAAUAUCAUAACUGCUGGGAUUCAGCUGAAGAUAAACACAUUAGCUGAUAUUCAGUACAACAUCUCAACAUCGAGUGUGAUAUUACUUUUAUACAACACUAAUACAAAAUAGUGCUAAAAAGUAAAACUCAACUACAGAUUAUUUUAUAACUCCACCAAACCAACUGGUUCCCCAUCUGUUGCCAAGCAACACAUUCUAUUCUACCGCAAUCUGAUGGUGUCCAUGGUUACCACAGAGCAGCUACUUUGUAGUAAAAACAUUUACUUGUGUGUUAAUAUAAAUGAAUCAUUAGUCAUGAAAACCAGUUUAAUAAGGGACCCGUUGUGUGAUUCUGAGGUAUGAGAUUGAUGAAUAAAGAACAACACUGUUGACAUGUACAGCUGUAAAUGUCAAAUUAAUAGUAUUCAGAACUCCAGGCUGAGGCGGAGUGAUACAUAUUGUGAAAAGUCCCAGUGAUGUUGUUCUCCUUUAUCGCCACUCAUGGAAGGCCUCUUGUCCAUUAGGCAAGGCAAGGCAAGUUUAUUUAUACAGCACAUUUCAACAACAAGGCAAUUCAAAGUGCUUCACACAAGACAUCAAAAGCAUCAUGACAGAGGAAAGAAAAGAAACAUUAAAAUAGAACAUAAAAAAAAAAUCA